AUGCGCUGGUGGAAGCGCUCCUCCUCCCCUUCCCGCUCCGCCUCCUCAUCCUCAGCAUCCACGCCCGCUUCCCCCGCCCGCGCCGCCACCCCCCGUCUCAUCGUCGGUUGGGGCAGCGGCGCUAGCUCCCGCCGCGAUGGCAGCGGGGGCAGCAGCGAACCGCAGCCGCGGCUGAUCAGAGCGCGGCGGGUGCGCUAUGUCGUCGAUGACCUCGCGGUCGGGGUCUCCGCGCUCGGCGUGGACUCUCCGGCGAGGAGGGACGCGGCGGCGGGGUUUGCGCUUGCGACCGUGAGCUCCACACCGAUCUCGAGGUCUCCGAGUAACAUGGAGGUGGCGCCGGUGAGAUCCUCGUCGACCCCCGUGCUGCUGCCGCGUCCGCUGCCCCUUCCAGGCGAGGGGGAAUCGCCGUGCCGCGGGCCCUGGAGGCCGCUUCCGUCACCGGCGCCAAAGAUGCUCGACGGGGAGUGGAACGGGCCUGCAGCGGACGCUCCCGGGGUUUUAGAGACUGGGAGCGAAAGGAUGACGCCGUUACUCGCACGGAGAGUGGUGGCCCAAACUCUACCAAAGGCUCAUGAGCACAACGACUUUCGGUUAAAUGGGACUACCUGUUGUCAGCGGAGAAAGGCUUUUAAAGAGAAGUUUCAGGAUAAGAACUGUGCUGAAACUUUGAACUUCAGAUUGAACAUUCCUGCUAAAAGUGCUCCAAGCAGUGGGUUUUCAAGCCCUGUACAAAGUCCUCGAAGACUGAGUAACGUAGACUUCUCAUCUGCUGCAAUCGCUAUCCAAGAUACCAAUGUAUGGUCAGCACGGUCUCUCUGGUCUUCUGAUGCAAUGGGAUCUUCACCUCCUUUUGAUUCACCUGACAAGUUUGCGGGUGGUCAGGAGCGUUCUCCUCUCUCUAGUCCACUGAGAAGUCCGGUUUUAAGAUCAAGAAACCCAAGUGCACCUCCAUCACCAAUGCAUCCGAAGUUGUUCCCGGAGAACCAUGUUUCUCGUCCUGAUGGCAAUGGAAGUGCCAGUUUUCACCCAUUACCGCUUCCUCCUGCUUCUGUAAGCCCAAAGCAGACAAAUGUUAGCCACCAGUUAGUUCCAAAAGCUGAGAUGCCUUCAGUGGCUGGUCAAUGGCAGAAAGGAAAACUCUUAGGUAGUGGCACAUUUGGAUGCGUGUAUGAGGCCACCAAUAGGCACACUGGAGCUCUUUGUGCCAUGAAAGAGGUCAAUAUAAUUCCAGACGAUGCUAAAUCAGCCGAGUCUCUGAAGCAAUUGGAACAGGAAAUUAAGUUUCUUAGUCAAUUUAAGCAUGAAAAUAUUGUGCAGUACUAUGGCAGUGAAACUAUCGAAGAUAGAUUCUACAUAUACCUGGAGUAUGUUCAUCCUGGUUCAAUCCAUAAGUAUGUUCAUCAACAUUGCGGAUCACUGACAGAAUCAGUCAUUCGUAACUUCACACGUCAUAUUCUCAAGGGUCUUGCUUUCUUACAUAGCCAAAAGAUUAUGCAUAGGGAUAUCAAAGGGGCAAAUUUGUUGGUUGAUAUUCAUGGUGUAGUGAAAUUGGCCGACUUCGGAAUGGCAAAGCAUUUGAGUACUGCAGCUCCUAAUCUUUCAUUGAAGGGCACACCAUACUGGAUGGCUCCUGAGGUUGUUCGGGCUACACUUGAUAAAAGUGCAGGUUAUGAUCUUGCUGUUGAUAUUUGGAGCCUUGGUUGCACAAUCAUUGAGAUGUUUACAGGAAAGCCACCUUGGAGUGGUCUUGAAGGGCCUGCUGCAAUGUUUAAGGUGCUGCGCACGGACCCACCAAUUCCGGAUAAUCUGUCCCCUGAAGGGAAGGAUUUUUUGAGAUGCUGCUUCAAGAGAAACCCUACUGAGCGACCAACAGCAAGCAAGUUGCUUGAACACCCAUUUAUCCAAACUUCAAACCACUACAGCCCGCAUAGUGCUCCACAUUCAUUUUCGGGAAUUAAAUCUCCACUUGUUGGUGUCAGGAUACUGUGCAUAGCGGUGCAAGAGAUAAAGUGCCCUGGAAAAGUGAUUCAUGUAUGA